CCUUCUACCCAUCUCAAUAAUCACUUCAAGCAAUGCCCCAUUCAUUACAAAUAUCACCAUUCCACCUUGACUCAUGCCUGAAUAAUGGAACCAGUGCACUCCACUUAAAGGGUGUUUAGUCCCUUUUCUGAGCCUCAACCCCCAUUUCUCUCCAAUGGCUAAGCGUAGUAGUAUUUGUCCCAAGGUUUUGUUACUCCUGUUGGUCUUCUUCACACCCUUUCAGCUGAGCUUCUUCCAUGGGAAGUCAUCAGAGUUUGAGCUAGAGGAUGAGGCAUGGCUAGACGAGAAGGAUGAUGAAGUUAACAUGGUCCAAAGUGGGCAUGAUUCACUGGGUUCUAGUUGUGAGUUUUCAGAUGGCAAGUGGGUCUAUGAUCUGUCCUACCCUCUGUAUGAUUCGAGCUGCCCGUAUCUUAGCACUCCGGUGACUUGUCAGAAGAAUGGCAGGCCGGAUUCUGACUAUGAGAAAUGGAGGUGGAAGCCCCAUGGUUGCUCCAUUCCAAGGUUUGAUGCACUGCACUUUCUUGGAAGGAUGAGAAGAAAAAGAAUAAUGCUGGUAGGGGAUUCAAUAAUGAGGAACCAAUGGGAGUCUCUGGUCUGCCUUGUCCAAGGAGUGAUCCCAACUGGUCGAAAGACAGUUACCUAUGAUGGUCCCUCCAUGGCCUUCCAUGCCCUAGAUUUUGAGACCUCAAUUGAGUUUUGUUGGGCUCCAUUCUUAGUUGAAUUGAAGAAAGGGCCUCAAAACAAGAGAAUUUUGCAUUUGGAUUUGAUAGAAGAGAAUGCCAAGUACUGGAGAGGAGCUGAUGUUCUGGUCUAUGAUUCAGCUCACUGGUGGACUCAUUCUGACAAAUGGAGUUCGUGGGACUACUACAUGGAGGCAAACACUGUGUUGAGGAGCAUGAACCCAAUGGUAGCCUAUCAGAAAGGACUCACAACAUGGGCUAAAUGGGUGGACUUAAACUUAGACCCCCACAAAACCAGGGUGAUUUUCCGAAGCGUAUCACCUAGACACAACAGGCAGAAUGGUUGGAAAUGCUACAACCAGAAGCAACCUCUAGAGUUCUUCAGCCACCAACUUCAUGUUCCAGAGCAAAUGGUAGUGCUAAAAGGGGUGCUGAAAGGGAUGAGAUUUCCAGUAUACCUGCAAGACAUCACAAUGAUGUCGGCUCUCCGAAAAGACGGGCAUCCAUCUGUGUAUACCAGAGCGAUGGACCAAGAACAGAAGCAGCACCCAAGAGACUUUACAUCAGACUGUAGCCAUUGGUGCCUGCCUGGGGUCCCUGAUGCUUGGAAUGAGAUGUUGAGUGCAUUGCUCCAAGUAUGAACAAUCAAGACAUCUUUGUAGCUAUAUGUGGGUAGAAGAUUAGUGUCUGUCUUGUCUGUCUUAGACUCUGUAAUCAUCAGUUUAUGCUGCUUUGAUUUUUAUUUUUAUUUUUUGGGAUUUCUGGGUUAGUGCUGUAUGCCUGGUUUGUGACUGUUUCUCCGUGUCUGUAUCGACUUGUUGGCUUUUUGCUGCUGUUUCUCAUAGGCUACCUUCGGUUUACCUAAAAGCUUAAAUUUGUGAAAUAACCAUCUUGCCAGACUUAUUCGAUUGGGGGUGUUUUUAUCC